GCCAGCAAACAAGUUAGAAAUAUGGGAGGAUUUAAAGAUAAUAAGUUUCACAAGAAGCAUUGUAGCUGUCUAUAGUACCUGUAUGCUCGUAGUCCUUCUGCGAGUCCAGUUAAAUAUUAUUGGCGGUUACAUCUACCUGGAUAACGCUGCGCUCGGCAAAAACAGCACCACACCGCUCGCCCCCCCUGAAGUUCAGCAGCAAUAUUUAUCCAGCAUUCAGCACCUUUUAGGAGAUGGACUGACGGAGUUAAUAACUAUUGUUAAACAAGCUGUGCAUAAAGUUUUUGGAAGUAUUUCCCUUAAGCACACCCUCUCUCUUCUGGAGCUGGAGCAGAAACUUAAAGAUAUCAGGAAAGUAGUGGAAGAUAAAAAUUCAGAUCAGAUUGCAUCUAACUCUCCCUUGUGUCAUUAUCUGAUGCCAGAUGAAGAAAACCCUUUGGCUACCCAGGCCUGUGGACUCACAGAAAGAGACAUUGCUACGAUUAAAUUACUUAAUGAAACGAGAGACAUGCUAGAAAGUCCAGACUUCAGUACCGUUUUGAGCACGUGUUUAAACAGAGGAUUCAGUCGGCUGCUGGACAACGUGGCGGAGUUUUUUAGACCUACUGAACAGGACCUCUCUCGGAAUGGUUCUGUCAAUAGUCUUUCCAGUGUCAGUCUUCCUUUAGCCAAGAUAAUUCCAAUAAUAAAUGGACAAAUCCACUCAGUAUGCAGUGAAACACCCAGUCACUUUGUUCAGGUAAGAAUCUUUCUUAUUUAA